GGUAAACACAAUAUGCUGGUUGAUAAACAACAACAGCAAUGAGAUUUUUGUGGAUUCGUUGGAAAAUGAAAGUGACUUCUAACAGUACACUCUAAUUCAUGUCAUAAAUGUCCUCCUAUUUUAGCCCUUUAACAUUUUUCCUUCACAUGAAGCAUAGUUCCCUCUCUAUUCUCUCAUUACCUUUCUCAUUUUGUUGUCUUUUAUUGUCAUUAUGCUUGAGAUUUUGUAGUAGUUUGCAUUUACUGCAAUCUUUUUCGAUACUACUGGUAGAUUCUAAAUUUAAGUGCUUUUUCCUCCACAAUUGCUGUUUUCUUCAUCUUUUUCUUUCUGGGUUUUAAGGGUUUUUCUAUCCUCCUUUGGGUUUUAAGGGUUUUUCUAUCCCUUUUCUGGGUUUUGUGGGCAUUUUCAGGUUUUGUAUGUACCUCUUUGUUUGAAGAAAUCUGCCAUUCUUGAAAAUUUUUGAACUUUUGGGUGUUUCAAUAAAUUAUGCAAAAUUGAAAGAUAUGUCUGGAACUUCAGCUUUGUUGUCUUCUGCUUUGAACAUAAAUGACUCCCCCUUUGGUUAUUGCUCUACCGGCUCUGUUGAUAAUUGUUCAAACCCUCUUGAUGAUGGUCGCAAACAUUGGUUUUCUAUGAAGGCAAGCAAUCACAUUGUAGGUGAAAAUUUGGGAUACUAUGGCAGAAAUGAUGGUGCUUUUUCGUACAAAUUUCAGCUUGAGAAAGAUGUUCAAAGUUUACAACAACAGUUGCAGGAAGAAAAAGAAUUGCAUGUGGCUCUGGAGCAUGCCACCGAAAAGAAUUUCAAGGAAUUGUCUACUCCAUCACACUUUCCUCAACGUACAGUUGAGCUUUUGACCAGUAUUGCGGCUUUAGAGAACUCAAUUUCAGAACUUGAAGAAGAGAUGGUUUCUCUCCAUUUUCAACUCAGUCAAGAAAGAAAUGAAAGGAGACUUGCUGAAUACCAUCUACAGCGAUCAUACUCCAAGAAGUCUUCUUCACCUUCUUGUCAGGGGAGUCCAUUAUCGCCGAAAAUGCAUCCUAAGCGUGGUGGUCCUGUUAAUGUUGAGAAACCCAUUAAGGAGCUUUCCCCAAAGGGCCUAUGGAAUCAUCCUAAUCGGUUAUCAGAGGAGAUGGUGCGAUGCAUGAGAAGUAUUUUCAUCUCUUUAGCAGAAUCUGCCCCUUCUCCGAAUUAUACCCCGAUGGAUAUACCAAGUUCACCACAUGCUCAUCAUUCUAAUGCACCAUCAUGGUCAUUGUCGGAACACUUGAUGGUUCCCAUGUGGGCGAAAAGUCCACAGAUCGAUUUGCCUCGUGAUUCUGAGGUGCUAGGAACAGAAAAUACCUUCGAUCCGUAUAAAGUAAGUGGCAAAUUAAGUUGGAUGGAGAUAGGGAGGUAUGGUUUGGCAACAGAAGUUUCCUGGAUGUCGGUUGGAAAAAGGCAGCUGGAAUAUGCUGCAGGAUCACUGCGCAGAUUCAGGAUACUUGUGGAGCAAUUGGCUAAAGUGAAUCCUAUCCUCUUGAGCAGUGAUGAAAAGCUGGCUUUUUGGAUCAACCUAUAUAAUGCCUUAAUUAUGCACGCUUAUCUUGCAUAUGGAGUCCCUAGAAGUGAAAUGAAGUUUUUUUCGCUGAUGCAAAAGGCAGCUUAUACAGUAGGUGGUCAUUUAUUCAGUGCUGCGGUCAUCGAGUAUGUGAUCCUGAAGAUGAGACCGCCUAUUCACCGUCCUCAAAUUGCUUUACUCCUUCCUCUUAACAAGCUGAAGGUGUCUGAGGAGCAAAAGAAAUUCGCAAUCGAUUCUUAUGAACCAAAUCUUGCAUUUGCUCUCAGCUGUGGGAUGUACUCUUCUCCUGCGGUUCAAGUGUACACUGCAAGGAAUGUCCGAGAUGAACUUGAAGCCGCACAGCGUGAUUUUAUUCGGGCUUCAGUUGGUGUGAGUAGCAAAGGGAAGUUGCUGGUGCCGAAGAUGCUACACUGCUUCUCCAAAAAUCAUGUAGAUGAUUCGAAACUUGCUCAGUGGAUAUCACGCUAUCUGCCUCCGGAGCAGACUGCUUUCAUCGACCAACAUAUAACCCAAAAGCGGCAGAAACUUUUCGCUUCUCGGCAUUUUGUGGUUAACCCUUUUGAUUCUCGGUUUCGCUACCUAUUUCUACCUGAAAUAGUUUACCAGUAAUGGUGUGUCUAUCUACAUUGGUAGCGUACUUGUUACUUGUCAGUUUAAUGCUACCCAAGCCUGCAAUAUAAAUCAUGAAUAAUCCGAGAGGUAUACUUCCUCCGUUCAUUUGAAUUUGCUAUAAUACAUUCAAACAAACUCUUACUUUGAUUUUGUAAUAUAGCAAAUUCAAAAGGACCGAGGAAUAUAGUGAAAAAGUGGGUAUUUUUUAAUCUCAUGAAGAAAAGUUACUCGAAUUUUCUUGUAUAUAUAACUGUAAAUACAUAUACAUUGUAAUUGCAAUUAUAUUAGUGCGAAUGAAUUUAGUUUCUCAAA